AUGAACAAGAGGAGGGUCAUCCUAACAAUCCCAAAUGACAAAGCUAAGGAGAUUUCAACAAACAACAACGAAGUUCAAGGAGAUCGGAGCUGGAAUUCAACCAUGGACUGGACUGAACUUCCAGGUGAUACAGUUAUUCAACUUUUUUCUCUUCUGAAUGAUCACGAUAGAGUGAAUUUAUCAUCUGUCUGUCAAAGUUGGUGGUCUCUAGCUGCCUCUCCAUGCUUAUGGCGGUCCCUUGAUCUUCGAGCGCGCAAAUUUGAUAUCUCUACAGCCACAUCUCUUGCUUCUCGAUGUUCUUCCCUUCAGAAACUUUAUUUUGAAGGAGAAGAAUCUGCUGAGGCCAUAAUCAGUCUCAAAGUAAGCACUUUGAUUGAGCUAAGCGGAAACUUUUAUGGUAGAGUUAAUGACAUGACUUUAUCUACAAUUGUUGAUAUGAAUAAGUUACUUGAAAUCCUUGAAUUCGGUUCUAGCUAUUGUAAUGGAAUCAGUAGUGAAGGAAUCAAAUCAAUUGCUAUGUGCUGUCUUAAUCUCAAGAAGCUUUGGCUUUCAGGCGUGAAAGAGGUUAACUCGAUAGCGAUUAAUGCUCUAAGUAGCAAUUGUCACAGUUUGGUAGAAAUUGCGUUUACGGAUUGUGGAAAAGUGGACGAGAUAGCGCUGACAAAUCUCGUAUCAGUUCAAUUUCUCUCAAUUGCUGGAACAAAACGGUUGAAUUCAUAUCAUGUUAUAGAGCAUUGGAUUAAGUUUGAAAAUUUGCUAGCAUUAGAUGUCUCGAGAACAGACAUUAGUGCAAAUGCUAUUGAUAGAUUACUUUCCUAUUCUCCAACUUUAAAGGUAUUAUGUGCUUUUGAUUGUGAGGAAAUGGAGCAAGAUAUUAAUUUUAGCCCUAGAAAUGAAAUGGGUAUAGAGUUGAUAUCCAUUCCAACUUACACAUCCACAUUGUUGGAUUUUCAAAAUAUCAUGAUCAUGCCAUGGAUUGAACAAGUUUUAUCGCGUUGCCUUCUUCAUUUUGCAAAUACCAAUGAUCUUCCAGUGAGAUAUUUUUGGACUUAUGGAGGUAUAACUUUCAUAACUAAGUUUUUAAAAAGUUUGGAAGAAGAGGUACAAAGAAGGGCAAUUAGAAUAAUUCCAAAAUUUGCGACACUUAAUUUUAAAGAGGAGGGUGAUGAUGCGAUUAUUGAUCAACGAGUGGAGGCAAUAGUAGAUUGGGUAACAAUUUUUUUAAAUCUAGUCAAAUCAUCCGGCGAAGGAGUUAAAUUAGAGAUGGCUAAGGCAAUAAAUAUGUUGUUUUCGAGUGAAGAAUUUGCGAGUGUGACAGCCAAAAGAGGAAUGGAAGUUCUAAUGAAAUUGCUUGAGUCUAGAAAUAAAUUUAUCCUUGAAGAGGCUAGUAAUGCAUUAAGGUGUUUGCGUGAAAGGGUGCCAAAGAAUCAAUAUAAGAGUAUUAUUUUCGAGUGUGGUGACUUAGAAGUAUUGAAGAACCUUUUGCAGAGAUGGACUUCUAUAAGCGAAAAUGUGUUGAAAAAUAUUAUUGGUACACUAGCAAUUAUGACAUUAGAUGAAAGAAUAAACGUGGAAAUUAGCAAAAAUGGUUGCUUAGAUGCACUUGUGGCUAUUACUCAGGAUUGUGUGUUUGUUGGAGUAUUGGAGCAGGUUGUUUGUGUCUUUGCUAACUUGAUAGGAAAUACACAUACAAAUGACAACGAUAUAAUAGUUGGAUACAAAUUACGUGCCCUUCAAGCACUUGUACAACUCAUUCGUUCACCAGAUAAACAUACAUGUCAAGAAGCUGUUGAGGCACUUAGUAACUUGUCUUUUGAUGAAAGGAACCGAGAAGCUGUUGAUGGCAUUGAAACUUUGGUUUAUUUAGCAAAGGAAAUCACCAAUUAUUCAUGGAUAAAAUGGAAGAGAGCUAGUGGGGAGAGAAUUCAGACGAGAUCACAAAAUCCAAUAGGACAUUUUAGACGUUCUAGAAGUCUAAUGUCUCAUGCCCUCUCUAUUAAGGAUGAUAUACAUGUCACUAUAAUGGGAACCCUUUGGAAUCUCGUAUUCAAACCGGAAAUCGCUCUUCGUGUAGUUGAAAAAAAGGGGAUUCAAGUUCUUGUACGCAUUUGUUUGAUUUCCGGAUCUGAACUAACAAGAUUCUUGGCUAUUUUAGUAAUGGCUUACAUUUUUCAUGCCCUCCCAGAAGGAUGCAUAUACACUAUAAGAAAUUCAUCUAAUGAACCAACAAAGACUUUAAGGAUUGGAAUGAAGCAUAUUGAAGAUUUUAUUAACAGUUUCUUGGAUGAUGAAACACUUAAAUGCGAUUAUUUAUCUUUAACAUCCAUCGAUUUGUAUCGAGUUGUCGAGUUUGCUCGUAUACGGGAUGUGCAUCAAUUGAAAUGCAGUGGAGCCGAAAUUGCACGUUUUGUUGACAUGUUAGGAAGUUCAUAUUCCUCAAUUAAGUCAUGCGCAGCGUUCGCUUUAAUGCAGUUUACUACAUCAGGUUACAAGAAUAGUGUGCAUCAUAUUCGUCUUAUAAAUGACAAGAAAACGAUGUCUACAACUUUUGACAUAUGA